CUGAGUUGAGAAAUGGAGAAUCUGAUACAGCUUGUGAACAAGAUACAGAGAGCAUGCACCGCCCUCGGCGACCACGGCGAGGACGGCAAAGAAGGUGCCGUUCCCACUCUCUGGGACGCCCUUCCCUCUAUCGCAGUCGUCGGCGGCCAGAGCUCUGGAAAAUCUUCGGUGUUGGAGAGUAUUGUCGGAAAGGACUUUUUGCCUCGUGGAUCUGGUAUCGUAACUCGGCGUCCUCUUGUUUUGCAACUUCAUAAGAUUGACGAAGGGAGGGAGUAUGCAGAGUUUAUGCAUCUUCCUUAAUUUUCCUUUUCUUUAGCUGCCGUUAGGCAAGAGAUCUCUGAUGAGACUGACAGAGAAACUGGUCGAACCAAGGGCAUUUCUUCUGUUCCUAUCCAUCUUAGUAUCUACUCCCCUCAUGUUGUUAAUCUAACACUGGUUGAUCUUCCUGGACUUACAAAAGUCGCCGUUGAUGGUCAACCAGAUAGCAUUGUGCAAGACAUUGAAAAUAUGAUUCGGGCUUUUAUCGAAAAGCCAAAUUGCAUCAUUUUGGCAAUAUCUCCGGCUAAUCAAGAUCUUGCUACCUCAGAUGCAAUUAAGAUUUCCCGUGAAGUAGACCCUAAAGGGGAAAGGACAUUUGGAGUUUUGACAAAGAUUGAUCUUAUGGACAAGGGUACGGAUGCCGUGGAUAUCCUUGAAGGGAAAGCAUAUAAGCUAAAUUUCCCUUGGAUUGGUGUUGUCAACCGCUCCCAAGCAGAUAUCAACAAAAAUGUUGAUAUGAUUGCUGCUCGACGUAGAGAGCAAGAGUAUUUUGAAACUACUCCAGAAUAUAGACAUCUCGCAAGCAGAAUGGGCUCAGUGCAUCUAGGAAAGGUGCUAUCUAAGCAUUUGGAAACUGUCAUAAAGUCUCGGAUCCCAGGCCUUCAGUCACUAAUUAGUAAGACAAUCAUGGAUUUGGAAAUGGAACUAAAUCGCAUUGGGAAACCUAUUGCUGCAGAUACUGGAGGGAAGUUGUACACGGUAAUGGAAAUCUGUCGAAGUUUUGAUCAGAUAUUUAAAGAUCAUCUUGAUGGAAUACGCCCUGGUGGUGAUAAAAUUUACCAAGUAUUUGACAAUCAGUUUCCAGCAGCUCUUAAAAGGCUACACUUUGACAAACAUCUUUCAAUGGACACGGUGCGAAAACUAAUAACUGAAGCAGAUGGAUAUCAACCUCACCUCAUCGCUCCUGAGCAAGGAUACCGCCGUCUUAUUGAAUCUUGUGUAGUAUCUAUUAGGGGCCCUGCUGAAGCAGCUGUUGAUAUGGUUCAUGGAAUUUUGAAGGAUCUGAUCAAGACAUCUAUGAGUGAAACCCUGGAACUAAAGCAAUAUCCCACCCUUAAAGUAGAACUUGGAGCUGCAGCCAAUGAAUCAUUGGAGAGGAUGAGAGAAGAAAGUAAGAGAGCAACUCUGCAAUUGGUAGACAUGGAAUGUGCUUAUUUAACUAUCGACUUUUUCCGCAAACUUCCUCAAGAUGCCGAGAAGGGUGGAAAUCCAACUCACUCGCUUUUCGACAGAUACAGCGAUGCUUAUCUUCGUCGAAUUGCAACCACUGUAUUGUCCUACGUGAACAUGGUAUGUGCAAGCCUCAGGAAUACUAUUCCCAAGUCUGUAGUUUAUUGUCAAGUACGCGAGGCUAAACGCAGCUUACUCGAUCAUUUCUUCACAGAGUUGGGGAAGAAGGAUGGAAAACAACUAUCUGCGUUGCUGAAUGAGGAUCCGGCAGUGAUGCAGCGCAGAACCUCGCUCGCAAGAAGGCUAGAGCUAUACAGAAAUGCCCAAGCAGAAAUUGAAGCUGUUGCAUGGAAUAAGUAGAAAGCACCAAUGCUACUGAGCCGAAUUCGGAUUUUAGAUUCUUUUGUGUAUGUCGAGGGGAGGGAGCAUAAUCA